AUGACCACCCCAAGAACAUACACCCGCAGCGCCCUAAUCCAACCCACCCUAGCCCUCUGCGACGCCUUCGCCUCCGCAGCCCCCGUCCCCGUCCUCCUCAGCCAUUUCACCGCGGACCCCCUCCCCAUGGUCCACGAGCACGGGCUGCCCGCCCUAGCCCCAUUCCUGGGCCGCACAUUCACCGGCACAGACGGGGUAGGCCGGUACUUCGAGCUCAUCGCGGACCUGCUCAGCUUCGAGAAGAUGAGCUUCGACGGUGAGGACGAGUGGAUCGUUGAUACGGUGUCGAUGGCGGUUUCGCUGCGGGGGCGGGCGCGGUUCACGUGGAAGGAGACGGGGGAAGGAUGGGAUGAGACGUUCUGUUAUCGGAUUGGGCUGGCGGAGGAUCAGGGGAAGGGUGGCGGCGGGCUGAAGGUGCAGGAGUACCGCGUGUGGGCUGAUACCGGGGCGGCGUACCUGGCGCGGACGCACCAGUUGGGUGAGGUGCAGCGGGAGUUGGUGGAGAGGGAGACGAAGAAGUCGAUGGAGAGGACAAGGAGUGGGCAUGGGAAUCUUAUUGGGGAGGGACAGAGGGUAUAUUCUGGGGGAAGUGGGACGGCAUAG